AUGGAGGCAACAAAUGACACAGUGAUAAACACCAUCAAGGACAACCUAAACGUAACCAUCAAAGACUCUGACAUAUCCAUAUCUCACAGACUGGGAAAGCAAAAACAACAAAACAACAGACCCAUCAUUGUUAAGCUGGCGAACAGAAGCCUCAAACAAGAUCUUGUUGGUGCUUGUGUACGCACGAAACCCAGAAACCUGUAUAUCAACGAAAGUGGUGGCGGUCCAAAAGCCAAGUCAGCGACUCCACUCACUGACAAGGUGCAUGCCAUCCUAGGCGAGGGUAAUGCUUCUAUCAUGGGAAUACCCGACACGGAUGACUUCACCAGAAUUGACUUGUACAACACAGUGGUUGCCAGCGGAGCAGCACAGCUUACCACCUCGCAGUCCAUCAAAGUGGUGGAUGAAAAGGUGGAAAAGUACCUUCCACCCAUGGUGAUUGCAGCAUCAAUGUGGCCCAGCAGUGGCGUGGAGGCGUCCCUUCAACCCAUAGUGGUGGAAAAAUCCCUCCCACCCAGUGUCUCCGCAGCGCCAACAUUUUGCUGAAAAGCAAAUGCAGCUCAUUGAGUGUAAGUUAGAAAUAGCCCGGAGAGAAGAGAAGGCUGAAACCCUGAAGAUUGAAGCUGCAACCCUUCAAGUAAAAGCUGCAAUGGAGCAGCUAGAUUCUGCAAAGGAAC